AUGGAGAAGAAAACAAUUCUAGAAGAACUUCUUUUAAAGAAGUCACAACAGAAGAAAAAAAUAUCACCAAUUAAUUACAAGGAGAGGUUGUUUGUUCUGACAAAAGCAAACCUUUCUUAUUAUGAAUAUGACAAAGGGAAAAAAGGAAGCAAAAGGGGGUCAAUCGAGAUUGAGAAAAUCCGAUGUGUUGAGACAGUGAAUCUUGAGGAAUCAACACCUCCUGCGAGACAAUAUCCUUUUCAGAUUGUGUACAAGGGUGGCCUUCUCUACAUCUAUGCCAGUAGUGAAGAGAGCCGGGAGCGGUGGCUUUCAGCUUUGCAUAAAGAAAUUAAAGACAAUUCUGAUUUACUAAACAAGUACCAUAAAGGAUUCUUCAUCAACGGGAAGUUUCUCUGUUGCAACCAGACCUGUAAAGCAGCCCCUGGAUGUACAAUUUGGGAGAAACAUGUGACUCUGUGUUGCACAACUGGGUCUGUGAAACCACUGCCUCCAGUCCCUCAAAUGCUGGUAGGUGAAAGAGCCGGCAUCCAGAUGUGGAAACGUAGAAGCCUGCUUCAGGUGCUGUCCCCAGACAAGUCAGUCCUGAAAAUGGCUGUGGCCAAAUGCAACUAUGAACCCCAAGGAAAUUCAGCUAUCCGGCUUGUCAGAGACAAUAAAUACUAUGUAUUGCAAGAGGAAGAUUCUGACUGGUGGAAAGUAAGGGAUUUGGAAGGGAAUGAAGGUUUCGUACCAAACACUUACUUGAGAAAGUUGUCUCUGAAUGAUGAGGAGCCAAGGGAAAACUCCAGUGUCAGUGAACAGACGUUGGCAGAAGAGCAGAGUAUUGCUAAGCAUGAUUGGUAUGCUGCUAAUAUCUCCCGUGCCCAGUCUGAGCAGCUGCUCCAUCAGAAGGGGAAAGAAGGUGCUUUUAUGGUUCGGAAAUCUAGCCAAGCAGGAAGGUAUACUGUGUCUGUGUUCAGCAAGGUUUCUGAAAGUAAAAAAGGAACAGUCAAACAUUACCAUGUGCACAAAACCCCUGAGAACAAGUAUUACCUCGCUGAAAAUUACUGUUUUGAAUCAAUUCCCAAGCUUAUACACUACCAUCAGCACAACUCAGCAGGUAUGGUGACAAGGCUCCGGCAUGCAGUGUCUACACAAGUAAAUAAAGUCCCAUCCACAGCUUCAUUAGGAAAUGGAAUCUGGGAGCUGAAACGAGAAGAAAUUGUCCUGUUGAGAGAGCUGGGGAGUGGUCAGUUUGGAGUGGUGCAUCUGGGAAAGUGGAAGGGACAAUAUGAUGUGGCCAUAAAGAUGAUUAAAGAGGGAGCAAUGUCAGAAGAUGAAUUCAUAGAAGAAGCUCAGACCAUGAUGAAAUUUAAUCAUCCCAAACUUGUUAGACUGUACGGUGUAUGCUCAAAAUCAUACCCCAUCUAUCUAGUGACGGAAUACAUGCCUAACGGCUGUUUGCUUGGCUACUUAAGGAGUCAUGGGAAGGAACUACAACCCCUUCAGCUUCUGGAAAUAUGCUAUGAUGUUUGUGAUGCUAUGGCAUUUCUGGAGAGCUGUCAGUUCAUACAUAGAGAUUUGGCUGCUAGGAACUGUUUGGUUGACAGCAAUCUUACUGUGAAAGUAUCAGACUUUGGGAUGACUAGGUACGUUCUGGAUGACCUGUAUAUAAGUUCACUAGGAACCAAGUUUCCAGUGAAGUGGUCAGCACCAGAAGUUUUUCAUUACACCAAAUUUAGCAGCAAGUCAGAUGUAUGGGCUUUUGGUAUCUUAAUGUGGGAGGUGUUCACUUUGGGAAAGCAGCCCUAUGAGCUUUAUGAUAACAUGCAGGUGAUUGAGAAAGUUUCUCAAGGAUACAGACUUUAUAGACCUCAAUUGGUUUCAGACAUCAUCUACCAGAUAAUGUACAACUGCUGGCAUGAGCUACCAGAAAAGCGCCCUGCUUUUUAUCAGCUCUUAGCAUUUUUUGAGGCACUGAGAGAAGACAACAGUGCUUGA